CUUGUGAAUCCUACGUACUGACUUCUCUAGCCCGAAGUUGAUAAACCCGUCAAACAUCGCGUGCUCUAACGCCUCCUCGGGAUUGAUGCCUUUCAUUGUUGCUACGUCUCCUGUAACGUUGGGGUCUCAUUAAGAAAAAGGAGCGCCUCAUUCUGCCAACGACCAAACGCCCGGGAAUAAAGCUCGAGCCCUCCAUCCACACCUAUUUCAAGUCAAAGAAUUCGAUUGUAUCUCCUCAGUGUCUCUCCCUAGCUCCAAUUGUGUUCUUAGUCGGACGUCACGUCGCUUCAGAAUGGCCAAUCAUGCUUCCAGCAUAGGCACUAUUGACACCUCGACACCUUUGGCCAUCCCUCAUCAUCGCCCUAGGCUGUUCGAGCUGCCGACAGAGCUAAUUGAUGCGAUUCUUUCGUAUUUAACGCCUGUUGAACUCGUUGGUCUGUCCUUAGUAUGCCGUACGUUACGAGCUCACGCUGAGAAUGAUCUACAUUGGCAUCGACACGUCUUAGCGAACCUACCACGGAAUGAAAUCAAGUCGCCAUAUCCGUGCGAAACCUGGCGCGCGCUCUUCGUGGCCCAUAAUCAAUAUUGGUUCCUGACUCGGCACAAGAUAUGGUUUUGUGACCGCUCACUAACCGGGCAGAUGAUUAUCGUCAGGUACGAUGGGCGUCGAGGCUGUAUCGAAGGCUACCAACUCCUCGCAACACGGUUUCGUGAUGGGAGUGAGCCCUGGCUCGCCGAUCCUACUGUCCAUAUCCAUUACUUUGAGCCCAAGAUCAAACUACAUCUCGAUAAACCGAUCCUUCAAUUUAAUGUUGAUAGGCUAGAAAACCUUAUGCGCAUUUCUCUAUCAUCACCAGACUCUACAACAAGGCCCGCUCGCCGCUUCUUCCCGGAGCACCCGAUGAGUUACAGCCAAGGGUCGGACCCGAGAUUCAGCACGUUCGUGCUCGCGAAACCUAUCGAAGAACAUGAAAGAGACACCCUUCUCGAUACAGGAGAUAUUUUCCCUUACAACAUGGUUUGGCCGCCACCCACUAUCCCCGCGGCUGACCGGGUUUUUGGCCACCCGUCUGACAUUGCAGGGGGGCCUACCCAUGACUUGAUUUCAUCACCAAGAUGGAGACCAGUCAAGCGUUCUGAGGUUUCCGAUACAACUUUCCGAAUUCGCCAAUGGAUGGAAUUGGGUCCUCCAACGAUAGGGUUCCAUAUUGGCGAGGAGUGCGUGACAUAUUCGACAUUGGACCCCUCAUUAUAUACUCCUACGCCUGAGAGACCGUGGAGAGGUAUUUGGGUCGGCGACUACAGUGUUCAUGGCUGUGAGUUUCUCCUUAUCAAUCAGCCCGAUAUCGACGAAGAAGGCUACAAGGAACCCCUCGUAAAGCUUGAGAACGAAAGCGACACAGAGUUCCAGUCACGUUUCCUAGCUCAGAAAGUAUAUCGGGGUCGGUUGGAGGCAAUCAAGCUUACGGGGGAUCCGAAUGUUCCCAGGGGUGAAUACACAUUUUUGGCGGAUGAUCUUGGAGAAGAGGGCCUCGUCGGCAUUGCCCAGGAGCCACCUUUCCAGGGUGCUAGGAUUGUGAGAAGCCGUGGUCACAUAGCUGGAAUAGGGUUUACAGACGAUAAGUAUAUUGAGUCACAGCUCAUCCUUCUCUCGCACAAUCGACUGGCUCAAUAUUGGGUCGACUUUGGCCAUAUUAGUUUCUUUGAGAGGGUUGAAAUCGACCAAUUUCUUGUUCCGUCUUGAAUCAACCUGGGUAUAUGUAUAUCUACGACCC